AAUAUAUUGCAGAAAGAAACAUAAAGAACAUUGGUGUCUUAAAAAAAAAAUGAUUUAUGGGAUUACUACAGAUCAAGGUAAUGAAUAUUAGCGAAUUUACACUUUGGAAACCGUAAAUUGGAUUACAUUUUUCAGUCAUUGUUGCCAACACUUCUUGAAAAUUUAUGCAAUCAUCAAUUGUGGACAGCAGUUGCUGGGAAGGGGGAGAACAGUGACGAGUAUGAUAUUUCUGAUAGGGGAGUAUACGAAACGUUAAGGGAUGCAAUAAAUAUGAAAGACAAAGAAAGGCCAGAUGAAAUGGUGUGGAAAGCAGUAAGCACUAUUGAAGAAGCGCCAGCACUAAAACUGCAGUGGCAUGAUUCAUUGAUCCGGAGUUAUUUUUUACAUUCAUUGAAUGUUGAUGUGAAUCAAACUGUUAUUCGAAACUCAGAUCUUCCUGUAUUUGCACAGCAGCUUGAAGAAAGUACAGUUCUUGCACCUGUCUCUAUGGUGAAGAGCUGCGGUGGGGCUGUAAAUGAAAACAAUCCAUUGCCGCAGUCAAAUUCGACUGAGUUCUUAUCUCAUGCAGAUAUCGGAAGGUCUUCAGUCAGCCAACAGGCACCUUCAAGAUCCGUUACUAUUGAUUCAUUGGCCGUUCCACCAGUGCAGUUUGACUGGAAUAAUUCCGGUCUAACAAAUCCUCUCAAAACAGCAUUAAAUGUAUCAUCUGCAUCAUUAGACUUGGAUUUUUUGGUAUCCACAAACAGUAGUGGCUCAACUGCUGAUGUUUCGCCUACUGUACAGGUGUCCUCAACGCUGCAGAAGGAUCUGACUGCGUUUGGUCUAAAUUUGCCUGAUGAUGCUGGAAAGAGUAAAACGGAAAAAGGUAUUUCAAGCAGUACACCAAUUGUAUUGGACUACAUACUUCGUAAAAAUGGUGAUAAACGAAAAUAUAAGCCAGUAAGCGAACUUUCACUUGAUGCUCGGGCUCUUCAUGACCAGUUGCCGGACCUCGAUUACAUGUUAUCCAAUGUUCUGCUUUUUCCCGUCGUUGAUCGCUAACUGGUGGAUUUAUCGUGCUCUCCAUUAGAUAAUUGUCAUAUGGAUAACUAAGUCUUCAGAUUUUUUUAUUCAGAGAAUUUUCUUGGAUGAACUGCCUAAUUCAGGUCACUCACAUCUCCUUUUUGUAUUUUUAUAAACAACUUUUUGUUUUUGUUAUGGGCUUUCUUCUCCUGUAAAUUUUUUAAAGACAGAUCUGUUGCACGGGUGAUUUAUGCUUUGCUGUGCUUUUUCCAACUUCUUUGUCUAACAGAUUUCAUUUUUUUCAGCUCAAUUUUCUAAAAUUGUUAAACAUCGAUGUUUGUUCUUUAUUGCAGUUCCUAAAUCUUGUUCUCUUAUUUGUACGUGUAACGAAAUAUGAAAGAGUCUAUGCAACAAAUUUGUAUCAUUUGAUGAAAAGUAAAAUUAAAAAUUCUCAUUUCUUG